UAUACGAUAGAUAAUAAAUGUCUCAAUUAUCUGUUUAGUGUUUAAUGGACGAAGCAACAGAAAUGUACAUCAUGUUCAUUUCCUGAUCGAAGUUCAAAUUUGGUUAGGCAAACUUUACUCGCAAGUAAACCUUUUGCAGCGGUUAAACCAGAAAAAUAUCCUGUCAGACGUUUUUUAAGGGUAAUGGAAACCGAUAGGUUGCAUUUUCACAAAUAUGGUUGUGUUUGAAGAGUUGCCAUAAUUUGGACCACAUUCAUCGCACAAAUUUGCCACGAUGGAAACAGCCUUUAAACAAUUCGAGAAAACAAUAAAUGUUCUUGGUGAAUUAGACCAAAAUGGUGAAAGCGGUUUCGCUCGAGAAUUUCAAGCACUCCGACAGACUUCAUUCAAGUACAAAGCCAAGGGAAAUACUGCCUAUGCAACCAAAGCUGGAGAAUGUCUCUCAAAUAGAGCCAAGAAUAGAUUCAAGGAUAUUUUACCAUUUGAUCACACUCGAGUUACCAUUCCUCCCUUUGGUGAUGAUGAUUCUGACUACAUCAAUGCUAACUUCAUCAAGGGCGUUGAUGGUGAAAAAGUAUAUAUUGCUUCGCAAGGUCCUCUUCCCAACACAGUAAACGAUUUUUGGCGCAUGUUAUGGUCGUAUAAAGUCAAGGUGGUUGUGAUGUUAUGCCGUGAGGAGGAAAAUGGCAAGAAAAAAUGUCAUCGGUAUUGGUGCGAAGGUGACGAGGACAAUCUCACUUUUGGUGAAAUUAUAGUAAAAACCGAAAGAACUAUCGGCGUUGGAAAUGAUUUUGUAAUGCGAACUCUUGUCGCCGAAUCUCAUGGCGAAAAACUUACAAUCACCCAGUUUCAUUACACAGCUUGGCCUGAUCAUGGCGUUCCUACGACUGCAUUACCUCUGAUUAAUUUGAUCAAGUUAGUACGUGAAUAUCAACCUGAGGACAACCCGCCCAUUAUAAUGCAUUGCAGUGCUGGUUGUGGGCGCACCGGAACAAUUUGUGCUUUGGAUUACACGCGCUCUUUGCUGAAAGAAACGAAAUACAAAGAACUUAUUCCAUACCGAAUUGUCGAGAAUCUCAGAAAACAAAGACAUGCUAUGGUUCAAACUAAGGGACAAUACGAGUUUUUAUGUCGAGCGAUGCUUUCGUUAUUCCGAGAAAAGCUUGAUUUACCAAUCGAGGAAAUCCAUGAUCACCAUUUAUACGAGAAUGUCAGUGUUCCGCGCACGCAAAGUUCCGACUCCGAUUCUGACUUGAUACCUCAAUCCCCAAUAUCUAUUGAUAAAACUCCACAUCCGAAGGUCAUGAAAAAGAAGGAAAAACCGUCUGCAGCAAAAUUAGAACAAAAAAUUGGUUUACCUCAAGGAGGAAGCUCACAACCAACACGUGUUGGCCAAACGUCACAACAACAUCCCUCCGAGAACUACGUCAAUGUUUCAAUUGAUUUAAUCGACUUUUCUGCUGAUACGUCAAAGAGUGCAGGCGUACCAAAACCAGCCGUGGCAAAUACUAGAAAUGGCAUAAGUACGCCGGAUGGUGGGAGACAAAAGGUCCCUCUCUCACGACAAGCCUCGGCUCCUGAUUAUGUGAUAGUGGACAGAUCACGAAAUACUUUUGAUGAUGACCAUUCUGACUACGUCGUCGCCCCUCCCCGAGGCUCCCCUAGAUCCACUAGCGCGCUUCCAGCUUCUAACUCCUAUGAGAAUAUCCUAAUUCCAGCGCCCAAGCCGCGUCCCCCCACGACCAACCGCCCUGCGGUUCCAACAAAACCCAAUGUGGCGCCAACAUCUACGUCGAAAUAUGAAAACGUUGAUGUUCCACCUAGAAGGUCCCCAAAUCACGUAGCUAAUUCGUCUAAUGACCGCUCUGGCAAAUCGCCCGUAAAAGCACCAUUACGCAAGGACCUACCUCGUUCAUUGAGCAGCUCGAACGAUCACGAGUAUCGUAGUGCACUUGCGGACCAAAAGUUCUCUACUAUCGGUUCAAGUCUCGGCGCAAAAUAUUCCGACCAGAUGAAAGCUUUGGACGGUAGAAGAGCCAAGGUCUUGCCAACGGAAGACACUGACCAGGAACAUAACGAUAAAGUAUUCCCGAACGAACAGGAUGUGAAUAGCAGUCUUUAUUCAAGUGUAAACAAAAGCAGGAGUUGUAGGAGACCGAUGAAUGAGAACACUUUUAAGGGAGUUGAUAGUGUGGACGGGGAGCGUGCGCCAGCCGUUCCAAGAAAAACACCCGAACUUCUCUCCAUCGUUGAACCACAUGACCAAACUAACGAAUCAAAGGGGACGAGUAAAAGUUCUUCAUUAACGAACAAGAUUUUGUCCUUGUCAAGAAGAAAUGAAGUUAGAGGAACCUUGUUGGAUAAUAUUGGAUACGAAAAGAGGGUUCCGAAACCUAAAGGACCUCGGAACCCACCCAGCAGUUGGAAGAUGAAAUGUUGAACUAUUGUACAUCAACAGCUCAACUUCCCUUGGUAAAUUUAUCAGUAUGGUAACCUUGUGUUUUGCGCAAAAGUUCUAUUUUUCUCGGAUCUUGCACUUACGUAAAUCACGAUGAGAGGUUUUCAGACAGGAAUACUGAAAGGAAAUUAACAUCUUAAAAAUGAUAUAAAAUGCAUGCUUUUUACUUAGAAUUUUAAAUGCAUGCGAUCUCGCGCUCUGGUGUGCCGCAAGUCAUAGGUAUAACCUAUAACAUUUUAUUAAUAUGGUAUAAACACGGCUACUUCCUACGUAAGGCAUUCCGACGUAAGGCUUACAAUUACACGUGCAGUUACAGUUGCAGUUACACGUUUUUCCUCUAUAUGUAAACACGCAUUGGCAACUUUCACAAUAUUUUAGUCAGUCGAUAAAUUGAAUGCUCAAUUUUUAAGACAACAAACUUUGUUUAUUCAUUCACUUGUUGAUCUAAAAAAGUAAUGUGGAUGUUUCCGUCUCCUCUCCGUGCAUGUAAGCGAUUUUUUUCGAUGGUGUAUACACAUGCACAAAACAGUUUAAAACAGUUUCAGUGAAUCACUCUAAAUUUUCAGUUAAAUGGGAAGCAGCCUCAAUGUAAUGAAUCAUUUCGUAUUAAAGGAUAGUUACCUUUUAGCAAUACAGUGUAGUUAGUGACAGAAUUGGCCAAUUAAAAUCGCAGUAGUUAUAUUAAUAAGGGCUCCUAGAAAACAGUCUUCAUUCCGUGAAGUAUAGUAAUAAAAUCGUUUUUAUACAAAUUUAUACAUUGAUUUGACGCAUUUAAAAUGAUUUAAAUUUAUUUUACGAAAUAAAUCAUGGUAAUUGCACUGAGUGGAGUGCAAUUUGGUGUGAAAUCAAACGCGUGAUUACAAAACGACACGAAGUGCAAUUUCCACUUUAUUAUAUUCAUUUUCAAAUCGUACAAAAAAUUAAACAAAUUCAAAACGAUUUAUUGGUUGAAAGAACCAUAAACGGUAUAAAAUGUGAAUAAUUUUCAUCUAUUUUUGUCAAGAAAUUUUGCGGGGCAUUUAAAAAUUGAAAAUAAAAAAAAAUUGUGCCAUUUUCCCCUGCAAUAUGAUUGGAUAGUUGCACUAAAAUACGAAAUCUUAUUGGUUAUUGUGGUGCAGAGCUUCAAUCUUAUUGGCAUAUAAAUGAUGUGAUUAAUGCUUAAAAAUAGUACGAUAUAUAAUCACACUAUUUAUUAACCAAUCAGAUUGCAAGAAACACCAUUGAUUUCAAAAUGAAUAUAAUAAAGACGUAAACCUCGUAUUAAUGAGGUAUUUAAUUUUUCAUUGAAUAAAAUUGAAUGGAAUUGUGUUUUUAUAGUCAAUUUGUGAUUUUGAAAAAUUGAUGGAAUACUGUGAAGUUGACCUUUGGCUUUGCUCCCCACUUGAGUUAGUUCAGAAUUUUGAAGUUGUUCAUUGUAAAGCACACUUUAUACAACUCGUUAUAUAUAAAUACAUUCUCAUGCAUGCAUGAGUGGUGGGAAUUGUAUGUUGGCUAAUUUGAAAGAAAUUUUCACGGAUAGCCAGUACUAACAACUAAAAGACCCCAUAGGAAAUAUUGAAUGCAAAAAAUUGUAGUGUUUUUCUGCAAACACGUUGACAUUUAGUGCAAGUUGUGAAGACGAAACUCUUUGUUGACUUGACAACAGUUACAAUAUUCGCAUGGCAUGAAGGGCUAACAUAUUUCUAUACAAUGUCAACUUUAUUGUUGUCGAUCUGGUCAUCCUAUAAUCAUCUGCGCUUUGGAUAUUUUUAUCGCUUUUAUUAUAUUUUUUCCAGGAGGCUGUGUCAUCCACCUGGCUUUUGAUUGUAAGC